AUGCUCAAUAAAGAGGCCCGCAAGGAAGACAGGGAGGGUUUGAGCAUUGCAGAAGGGGACGCCCUGAUAUCGGUGGAUUGUGACAUUUUAGGGGAGGUGCUGGGGGUGAUGGUCCACGAGUACACUCAGGUUGAAGGUAAAAAGCUGGGAUUGGGAGGCUGGAUCCAGAGUACCGACUGGAACACAGUACAAGGCCAAUUGCAGGGUCCCAUCUCUGAGGUGCGUCAUCCGCAGGAAAUGCUUGAGACACGAGGAGGUCUCAGAUCACACACCGACAGAGCCAGCUUCAACAGUGAGAAAGUCAUCUUAAAGUCAGACUGCUCAGCUUUCCAAAUUGUGAAAUAA